CAGUUAUUUACAACUCCCUGAACUGUCAAGAUGAUGUUCUUCGUUGUUGGUAUCUUUUGCCUGGCGAGUAUUGCCAAUGCCCAGCAGUGUGGCAGCGUUCUCCACGGGAACAACGGUACGCUGAUUUCUCCCAACUACCCGAACGGCUAUGGACCCAACCUGGACUGCAUGUGGACCAUCCCCGGCCACGGAGGGAUGAUCACACUGACGUUCAAGGACUUUGAGCUGCAGGAAGGUACCGAUGGUUUCUUCGGCUUGUUUGGCAGCUGCGACUAUGACUAUGUGGAGGUGCUUGUUGGGGACAGGUCACACGGUACCUACUGUGGCACUAGACUCCCCGGUACUGUCUCUGCCAACCAGGACAUCCAUAUCCGCUUCGUCUCCGAUGCCACCAUUAACGGCAAGGGCUUCAAGCUUCAGUUUACUGUCGACCACGGCGGCAACGAUCCAUGCGGAGAACGUCUGGACGACAACUUUGGCACUGUCACUUCACCCAACUACCCACAGAACUACCCCAACAACCAGUACUGCACGUGGACCAUCCCCCACACUCAGUACCCCGUCACGGUCAAGUUUAUCGACUUCGAGCUGGAGGAGGGCGGCUUCUUCAGCAGCUGUUCUUAUGAUCAUCUGGAGAUCUUCGACGGCAGGACAAGCUUGGGUAAGUUCUGCGGCACGGAUGCCCCGGCCGUCCUCACCACAACCAACGGCGUCAGGAUCAACUUCAAGUCCGACUCGAGCGUGGGCCAGCGCGGGUUCAAGUUUACGUACCGUGUGGCCGCUCCUGCCACCCAAGCCCCCACCAAGCCUACCAAACCUGCCACUGACAAACCAGACGGAAGUGGAGAUGGCAGCGGCGACGACUUCUUGUUUUAG